CUCCGCGGCGCGCUGGCCAGUGCGGACUGUGGUUCCUGCCCGGCGUGCGGGCGCUGUGACUGCUCCUCCGCGGCGGACUGGCGCCUCGGCUGCACGUCGACGCCUCCCGUGCGGGGACUUCGUGGCGUCGCAUUCCCUCGGAGCGGGAGACGCGCACCUGGUGCUCGGAGCGCAGCUCUCUGGGGCUGGCGGCCGCUACGGCGCUUGCUCCGGUCUCCGGCGCAGUCCGGGUCUCCGCGGCCGCACGGUGCGCCCGGGAGAGUGCGCCGCCCCGGGCGCGGUAGAGCCGAGGCGACAAGGACCGGGCGGAUCCUGCGCCCCCUGCCACGGGCCACUGAGGGCCAGCCGGGCUGCGCGCGGCGGAGUUGCUGCGCUUGUUAGCGCGCCGAAGCCCCAGAAGACCCCUGCCUCCUGCGAGCCAAACAAACUGAAUCCUCUAAUUUCAACAGUGGAACACAACUUUGGCGCUGGGAAGAGGCCAAGAAAAGAGAGGGAAUCUCUCAUAACAACGUUUGAACGGAGCACAUUACUAGAACGCAGAAAUACUUUUUUGGACAACUAUUUCUCCAAGAGCACAUGGUACACAGCACAUGGAGAGGAAAACAUGGCGGGAGUGAAAUGAGUCCUUUAGGUAGCGAUUUUGGCUCUGCUGCAAGACGUGGGACCUCAGCAGGUGUGAGCUACAGGAGGUCGUCAUGCAUCGUCCUCAUGUGUGAGCUCCUGAACCAUGCAGGACGGUGAAGUCCUCUAGCCCCAUGUGACCGCCUGUGAAGAGCUACCUUCGCCUGCUGGCCACCCCAGCUCCCACCAUGGGUCCUGCGGGAAGCACACUGAGCGGUGGGCCCCUGCAGGUGCAGAUGGUUCUCUGGGGAAGUCUGGCUGCUGUGGCCAUGUUCUUCCUCCUCACCUUCCUCAUCCUUCUGUGCUCCAGUUGUGACAGAGAGAAGAAGCCAAAGCAACACAGCGGGGACCAUGAGAAUCUGAUGAACGUGCCUUCUGACAAGGAGAUGUUCAGCCAUUCAGCAACCAGCCUGACAACAGAUGCCCUGGCCAGCAGUGAACAGAACGGGGUGCUCACCAAUGGCGACAUUCUUUCAGAAGACAGCACCUUGACCUGCAUGCAGCAUUAUGAGGAAGUUCAGACCUCGGCCUCGGAUCUUCUGGACUCCCAGGACAGCACGGGAAAGCCCAAGAGCCAUCAGAGCCGGGAACUGCCGAGGAUCCCCCCAGAGAACACCGUGGACGCCAUGCUCACAGCCAGCGUUGUGGAGGGGGACUCGGGGCCCAGCAUGGAGGGGCCCUACGAGGUGCUCAAGGAUAGCUCCUCCCAGGAGAACAUGGUGGAGGACUGCCUGUAUGAAACUGUGAAGGAGAUCAAGGAGGUGGCAGACAAAGGCCUGGCUGGCAAGUCCAAGUCCACGUCUGCCUUGAAGGAGCUUCAGGGCGCCCCCACAGAGGGCAAACCCGACUUUGCUGAAUAUGCCUCUGUGGACAGAAACAAGAAGUGCCACCAGAGCAUUAACGCAGAGAGCAUUCUGGGAGCUUCCAGUGACCCAGAAGAGGAAGCCCCCCCACCUGUCCCGGUUAAACUUCUGGAUGAGAAUGCAAACCUUCCAGAGAAGGGAGAGGCAGAGGCAGAAGAGCAAGCUCCGGAGGGGGCCAGCGGACACAACAAGAGAUUUAGUUCCUUGUCGUACAAGUCUCGGGAAGAAGAUCCGAAUCUUACAGAAGAGGAGAUCUCGGCGAUGUAUUCCUCAGUGAAUAAACUCGGACAGUCAGCACACAAACCCGGACUGUCUCCGAAAGGACCAGAGUUGACCUGCCAGUCCAUGCAGGGACCCCCUCAGAGGUCAUCCUCUUCCUGUAAUGACCUCUAUGCCACUGUGAAAGACUUCGAGAAAUCUCCCAACAGCCUCUGCACACUUCCCCCAGCAAGGAGGCCUGGUGAGGAACCCGAGCCUGACUAUGAAGCCAUACACACUCUAAACAGAGAGGAAGAAAAGGUCCCUCUGGAGACCAAUGGCCACCUCGUCCCCAAGGAGAAUGACUACGAGAGCAUUGGGGACUUGCAGCAAUGCAGAGAUAUCACCAGGCUUUAGCAACCCAGAAAGAAGUCUCAAAGAGCCUAUGAUCGGGGCUCAUCCAGGACCGCUCGGCUGUGGAAUGAUAAGAUAUCAAUGUCAUAUUGCUUUACUUAACCCAAGUCAAGCACAGGGUCAUAGCUGUCCCCCAGUUUCUGAAGCAGUAAGGUACGGACCCACCUGUCAGGGCAGGACCCCAUGCUCACAAGGAACCCCUGAUACACGUGACCUCUACAUCCCACAGAGGAAAGCAGGCUGUGAGGGGAAGCUCCACUGGCCAGUGCUGAAAUUCCAUCUGCCUGGGACACCCGCCAACCUGUAGAGCAGCCAGGUUUCCUUCCCCACUCUCCUCCUCUGUCGGCUACCAGAGCUAAAUCAUCCUGCCUUCCACCACCUGUGACCUGCCACGUCUGUGGUUCAUCCCAAGGAGGGUCUCCCACAGGCUUGGCACCAUCUUCCGCUGGAUGCUGCGAUGGUGAGAACAGGCCGCUGUUCCCACCAGCUUCCCAGAUCUGCCUGUUUGUCCCUGGGCAUCUGGACGGCACAGGCUAUAGGCUGGGGGUGGGGUGUCCCUGGAGGCUCUGGGGUCUUUUCUCCUAAUAGUGACAGCGCACCUGAAAUCUUUCUACUGUAUUUGAGGUACUUUAGAUGCUUUUUCUACUUUUCCUGUUCAAACCUUCCCCCACAGUGUUCAGAAAGCUUCUCAGAGUUUCAAAACUCCCAGUGACAACCAUGGUACUUCUGACGGUGUGUAAGCCCAGCACUCUUCCUUCCCAACAGAGCCUUAACGUUUAUGUUGGGACCCAAACCGCAUGUGCAGACAGCAGCCAUGGUGUCUAUCCCCAAAGGGCUGCAGACAUGAAUUUGUAUUCCCAGUGAUCUCUGCUGCCCACAUGUGUGACUUUCCUGUCAUCGAUGGUAAUCUAAGAGUAAAGUGUAAACAUUUAUUUUAUUAUAUAAAUUUAUAAGAUGUUUUAUGUUCAUGUCUAAUUUCUAGAAAGUGCCAGAAAAUGUAUAUUAACUAUUUUGAUUUUAUGUACGAUGAUUUAUACUCUCAAUUUGAAAAGGCACCAUAAAGCACAUAAGCUAGAUAAUUAUGAGCAGUUUUUAUUCUUUUCUCUAACAAGUAAUAUAACAUUGAAAAUUUUAAGGACUCGGCUUUCCAAAUGGUAUUGGGAGCUCCAGAUCCACAACACCCAGACCACUGGUGACGCACAUGCAGUAGGCCAUGCCAAAGACCAUGUCAAAGUGACAGACACCACUGAGACAGUCUGUUAAAAAGAGAGCAAACUCUGGCUUCAGAAGUUUGAACUUGCUAAAAGGCUCAGACUCAUUAACGUCUAUGACGUCUCUAAGAAUCUCAGUGGUGGUGUUCCCUGUGCGGCACUUGCCAGUGCAAAUUGCCUGUUAGACUUUUUUUUCCUUCACUUGACAAAAAUCAGUGGCUGAAGUAGCUCGGGUUACCAGUUCAGCCUGCUUUCAAUUCAAUCAUCUCUCUAGAUCUUCCAAGGCCAACAUUGGGAACCGCAUUCAUUCACUUUUGAGUCUUAAAGGAGCAGGCAGGAAGCCUUCCGGCAUUGAUACAGACAGGGACCAUUCCCCGCUACUGCUGUGACUUCUGACUCUAACCGCGUAAUGGCCCUGCUGUUCUCCCUCCUGUGACAGAGAGUGACUGGGAGGGUGAAGUGCCCAGCUGCUGCCUGUGUUCCCAUCCCUGUAUUCAUGAACUGUCUUUGUCGCUGCUGUGUACCAGGCUUGUGGGGCUGUAAACUCUCGUAGGUGGUGUCAGUCAGCCCAGUCCACCCAUGAAGAUGCCUCACAGAUAAGCAGAACCACUGCCAAUCAGAAGGUAACAAGCAGGGCACCUCCCCUGCCCCAGGGCAAGGAUCUUCCGCAAACACGGACUUCCACCGCUGUGUAUUAAUGAGUUUGACCCAAGUGUCUCCCGGGUCCCAAGGGUCCCUUUAGUACAUGGUGCUGCCCCUGACACACGGCCCUCCCAGCCUGUGCUGGCCACACUGCCGUCCUUCCAGCUCAGAAGUUUGAUUGUACUUUAUAAAAAGUCUUACUUAGCAGGGAAGCUGGUGUGGGCACUAAAGUAUUUAACUCUUUCUUUAAAGACAAAUUGAUUAUAAACAAUCAUGUCAUCUUGAGAUCUCAUCGUCAGAAUGUCCCCCGAGUUUUCAGAUGUCCUACGCAACAUAGUCGUAAAGCAUGCACUGAAAUCGCACUGCUGGCUUGAGCAGCGGCGACUGAGUUGUGACGGAGAGUACCUUGAGUGUACUUCACAAGGAACUAGGUGGAGGAGGGGCGAGGAGAGCAGCUUUGCUUGGCCAAGCUUGGUACGUAAUCCAUGUGUGUUUAUUGCUGUGCCGUUGUCGUUCGACUCGAUUACCAGGGUUUCUCCGUUUCCUUUUGUGUUAUAACUUUUUACUCCUUUACUUGACUCAAAAUCUGUGUUCCUGUCUGAGCUGGACAGAGCCUGUGGUUGUUUUGGUAAAAGUAAUAAUCAAAGUAGACCACACCGUACACAGAAGCAGUCACUGCUGGCCUCCACAGUGUGCAUCCAAGCAUACCCAGCCUAUGUGAAGCCAUCCCCAAAGAAAAAUAAACCAUAAGGUUUUCCCUUUAAAUCAGAAUUAUAAUUCGGUCUAGAUUAGAAGCAGCUAUUUCUUUUUCUUUAAAUACUUUUAAAAGCCUGAAAGCAUUUUCUGCUGCUUCACGUACUUUCCAGAAAAGCAGGCUUUCUUAUGUGAAAUGUUCAAGAAAUUCUAAAAAAAGUCAUUUCUAUAAAUAUGUUAGCUGCAUAUUUUUAAUUUGUCCUUUUCUAAAUCAUGUCAGUAAGUCUGUAAAACUUCUAAAUAAUACAAUAAUCUUUGUGAGAAAAAAAAGUUUGUGAGUUUUCUACAGUAAAUUCAACGGAAUUGGAUUCUUCCACAGUAAAUUCUAAUUGAAUACUUAAUAACAAUAGGCCAUGAACACAGAACUAAAGUCUCCCCCAGCAUGCCAAGGUGCUUUCCUUAACUUGAUUUUCACCUGUAUAAUUAGAACACUCCCUGCCUUCACCAGCAAUAAACUAUAUGUAUACACAUGUGUGUAUGUAUGUACCUAUGUAUGUAUGAUGUGUUGCUGGCUCUGGCACAGCCCUGGUACUAAUUAGGCUGUGUUCUAUUAUAUGUUUGGAAAGUUUAUCCUACUGGUGUGAUAAACUUGUGUCAUAACCACAGAAUUAAAAGAAACCAUUCUCCAUCA